GACAAUGUCUCGUACUCGCCGUCACUUGCGGAGUAGCUACCUACUUGUAUUGAUUACGAGCAUCGCACUGUAUUAGCCUGCCACCUGCUUCGCGGCUACAAUACCUUGAACGGCCAUCAACACCGUUCGUAUGUCAAUCAUCUCGGAGGCCUCCACCUGUAGCCCUCGUACCGGACGUUUACUCCGUUGGCACAGCACGAUGGUUACAUGCUCUGCUCUGUUAGGAUCAGAUCUGCUCUGCAAUGCUCUACUGAGUACAGUGUACAGUGCUAUGCCGUGGCCCGUCCUGUCGUGCCAUGUGUACAGGACGCAGCUCUAUGCACAAUACUACGAGAUGUCCUUCCGCACCUCCAUCAUGUACAUACUCCACUCCGUACGGAACCUGCUCACCUGCUCAUACGCCCAUCAUCGGCACAAGUUUAUGUACAACAGCAUCACUCCACCACGCCUCCAUCGCUUCCCCUCGCUCUGGACCUGCGCUUGCACGACGGAAAAGCUUCAGCCAUAAGCCACACAAUCCUUUCGUCCCGUCACCCCAGAGGAUUGGGCUGCU